GCUUCCUACUGGGGCUUCCUCUCUGUCCUGUGACACCAAAGCACCAUGACUCUUACCCCAAAGUUGUUGCUGCUGCUGCCACCGCUUUUUCUGUCCCUGCUGUGGGCAGGGUCCCUGGCUCAGCGUUCAAUGUUCCAGCUGCAAGUGCAGGAGACCGUGAAGGUGCAGGAGGGCCUGUGUGUGCAUGUGCCCUGCAAAUUCUCCCACCCCCGACAAGGAUACACUGACGAUGACCCAGCUUAUGGCUACUGGUUCCAGGAAGGAAGUGAUCACAGCCAGGAUGUUCUAGUGGCCACAAACAACCCAGAUCAAGACGUGCAGGAGGAGACCCAGGGCCGAUUCCACCUCCUCGGGGACCCCCAGGACAACAACUGCUCCCUGGACAUCAGAGAUGCACAGAGAAGGGACUCGAGGACAUACUUCUUUAGGGUGGAGAGAGGGUCUUAUGUGAAAUAUAAUUACCUAUGGAACCAGCUCUCCGUGCGUGUGACCGCUCUGACACAGAUACCUGACAUCCACAUCCAGGGGCCCCUAGAAUCUGGCCACCCCAAGAACAUUACCUGUAGUGUGCUAUGGGCCUGUAAGAGGGGGACACCCCCCACCUUCUCCUGGAUCGGGGUCGCCCUCACCUCCAGGGGCUCCAAGACUCCCCACUCCUCCGUGCUCACCCUCACCCCGAGGCCCCAGGACCACGGCACCAACCUUACUUGUCGAGUGGCCUUCCCCGGAGCUGGUGUGAACACGGAGAGGACCAUCCAGCUCAACGUGUCCUAUGCACCCCAGAACCUGACCAUCAGUGUCUUCCGAAGAGAAGGAACAGGACCUGAGGCUCUAGGCAACGGUUCGUCUCUCUCAGUCCAGGAGGGCCAGCCCCUGCACCUGGUCUGCAUCGACGACAGCCACCCUUCUGCUAGGGUGAGCUGGACCCGGGGUAGCCUGACCCUGCAGCCCUCACAACCCUCAAAUCCUGGGGUCCUGGAGUUGCCCCGGGUGGAACUGGGGGACCAUGGGAGAUACGUCUGCAGAGCUCAGCACCUGUUGGGGUCCCUGGAAGCAUCCCUGAACCUCCUUGUGAAGAACCCCCCGAAGCUGUUUGCUCCCUCCUGCUCCUGGGAGGGCGAGGGGCUGCACUGCAGCUGUUCCUCCCGGGCCCACCCGGCCCCCACCCUGCGCUGGCGGCUGGGGGAGGGGCUGCUGAAGGGGAACCACAGCAACGCCUCCUGGACCAUCACCUCCAGCUCUGCGGGGCCCUGGGCCAACAGCUCCCUGAGCCUCAGCGGGCCGCUGGGCUCUGGCCUCAGACUCAGCUGCGAGGCCCGGAAUGCCCACGGGAAACAGAGCAUGGCUAUCCUGGUGCUGCCAGGUCAGGGAGGGAGACCAGGGCCCAGGACAGAUGUGAUUCAGGGGGCCAUCUGGGGAGCUGGAGUCACAGCCCUGCUUGCUCUCUGUAUCUGCCUUAUCAUCUUCUUCGCAGUGAAGACCUACAGGCAGAAAUCCAACCAGAAAGCAGCGUGCAGGGAUGGCAUCGAUCCAGCCUUGAAUACCGUCUCCCAGACUCAAAGGCCAGCUCCAGUGCCUUCCCUUCAUUCCACUCAGGAUCACCUGAGCAAACCCUGGUCAGACAGCCUCUCAGACCCUUUGCCCCCAGCUGGGGCCACCUCUCCCUCUGAGAAGGAGCAGGAGCUCUACUACGCCAGCCUCAGCUUCCACGGGCUGAAGCCACACAACUUUCAGGACCGGGAGACCCCUGAGUAUGCAGAGAUCAAGAUCCAGAAAUGACGACCCCAACCCGCCCCCUGCCUCCAGGAGGGCCAGCUCUGACUGGAGCCUGGACAGGACAUCUCUGAAGAAAUGUAUGUCAGACUCUGAUUCCUUAGAAGUUGACAGCCCUCUGAGCCAAAGUUUAUAAAUGGGAAUGUGACACUCCUUGGAGUGGCUGAAAGUCACAGAUUCCUGUGUUCAAACAUCAGGCAAGCCACUUCACCUCCCCAUGCCUUCCUGUGUUCCUUCCUCUGUAAAAUGGGGGAUAAUAUUCAUUGGGCACAUUGUUCAGUGGGAAAAAAUGCAUCAUUGGCAUUGUUAAGUAUAUCCUUAUGUGUUAAGUCUACCUCAGGAUGGAGGGAGAUACCAACGUUUGAACAUAUAUUAUUUUGUCUUUUGUUUUCUUUUCUCUUUUUUGGGGGGGAAGGUGUCAUGUAUUAUUUUUAAAAGUAAAUCUAUUUCUAAAUGUAACUCUCUGGCAGGAGUAGAUAUUUCUCAAUAUAUGUAUCUAACAAAGGA